AUGGUCGCCAUGACCCACGUCCUGUUGCCCUUCAUGGUGCUGCCGCUGUACGCGGUCAUGCGCACCAUCCCGCGGCUGCACAUGAGCGCUGCGGCGUCGCUGGGCGCCAGCACGGCCCAGGCGUUUUGGCGGGUCUACUGGCCGCAGAGCCUGCCGGGCGUCGGCGUCGGCUCGUUGCUGGUCUUCAUCCUGGCCAUCGGCUACUACAUCACGCCCGCGCUGGUCGACGGCCGCAGCGGUCAGCUCAUUUCCAACAUGAUCGCCUACCACAUGCAGAGUUCCCUGAACUGGGGGCUCGCGGCGGCGCUCGGCGGUCUCCUCCUGGCCUUCGUGCUGGUGCUGUAUCUGGUGUACAACCGGCUGGUGGGAAUCGAACGGAUGAGGCUGGGCUGA